AUGGAAUGGACGGCAAAGAACCCAGAUUGUCACAUGUAUCAGAAAUCACUGCAGGGCAGAAAUAUAAGUGUGGAAAACGUGACCCAAUCUAACAAAUUAAUUAUCACUAAAGACUAUUUCACACUGUUUUGGUUGCCGGACAUUAUGGUGGCCAACGCUAAACAAGUGAAACAACAGUCGGAUCUCAUCGAAACAAUCCUCCUUAUGAUACACUUCGAGGGACAUCCCAGAGAGAAUUGUCACAUGCAAUAUAUGGCCCGAUUCUACUCAAUAGUGUCGUGUCCGAUGGACUUUCACGACGCGCCCGUAGAUUCCCAGAUGUGUUCAAUACAAUUGAGAAGUUUCGCGUUUGACAAUAAGAGGAUUGAACUGAAUUGGACUGAAAAGGUUAGGGAUAAUCCAGAUCUACGACUUUUAGAGCACGACUUUACCACAUCGGAAGAAGUGAUGACAACGCGAAUGUUUAACCAGACAUAUUCCACGCUUAAGGUAAACAUCAAAUUCCAGCGAAACGUUGCAAACAAAUUGGUGGGCGUUUACGCGCCGAGCAUCUUAAUAGUGUUGAUCACGUUUUGCUCGUUUUGGUUGGGACUCAACUCCACACCCGAAAGGGUGACCAUUGGUAUAACCGCUUUGUUAGCACUCGUCACUCAAUUCAAUGACGCUCGCGGGUCAUUA